CAAAUGGAAUAUUGAAGUGGGGGAAACUUAAACGAAUCUUCCCAGCCAAUGUUCUGCAGUUCUGAACCAGUGCUUCACGGUACUUACAUAGAGGUUACUUAACUUAAAGUAUCAAAGUUUCAACAUUUUUUGUUAUUAAAACAAUGACUCUAGACGAAAAAUUUAAGAAAGCUGCAGAGGAGGUGAAGGAAUUAAGUGCUCCAGCGUCAGAUGCUGAUUUGCUUGAACUAUAUUCACUGUACAAGCAAGCUACUAUUGGAGAUUGCAAUACAUCUAAACCAGGCAUGCUGGAUUUCAAAGGCAAAGCAAAAUGGGAUGCUUGGGAUAAGAGGAAGGGUAUGAGUCAAGAUGCUGCUAAAGAGCAGUACAUUCAUAAGGUGGAAGAACUGAUAUCCAUCAUUGGAAAGAAGUAAUUUGCAAUGUUGAAAAUUUAUAUAGAAAUUUUUAUCUAAUUUUAUCUUUUUUAUAUUCUUAUAAAUGUGCAAUUUAUUGUAUUUUAUACCAGGGUAUAAUAGUUGCAAAAAUGUUUAAAUACUUUUUGAAAUAAUUGUUUUGUUAUUAUAUAAAUAAUUUAAAGAUCUAUAUAUUGUAUAGACAAGAAUUAUUAUAAAUACAAUAAUAUUAAAAAGGAAUUGAUAUAUCGAAUUGACGAAUUAAUUUUCUCGUGGUAGCUGAAUUUAUUUUGCUAUCACUGAUUAGCUAUAUACAACGUCGAUGUUGUUAACUUGGAACAAGUUAACAUAUACAGUAUAUGCAUUAUAAUGUACUUAAUACAUAUACACGAUUUUUAAUACCACAUCGAAGCGUAUAAUGAUGAAAAUAUUAAAAAAGAAAUGUAAUUUUCUCUUCAUUUAAACUUUUACAUUGUUCACCUACUGUUUUUAUAUAAAUUAUAUUCUAAAUUUUGUUAUACGAAUAUUGUGAAAUUCAAAAGUUGAGGAAAGAAGAAGAAAUAAAGUAACAAUUAUUUUGAUACAAUAUAACAUUUUAAAUUAACGUUGAAUUUUCCAUAUAAUUGUUAUUCUAAACAUAAAAAAAUCAUCAGACAAAAUAUAAUGUUGAAUAUCGAUAAAGUGUAAUGAAAUAUAUUAAUAUACAUUAAUGAUGUUUUUUUUUUCUCCACGUUUAACAUUUUUUUGCUUAUUAUUAUAUACACAUACACAAGAAACUAACUAAGAAAAGCAAAUAGGAUUACGACAUUUAAAUUGCUUAUGAAGGAACAUUUCCGCAACACAAAAACUUAGCCCUGUUUAUGCGUCAAUUUUGUUUAUAGAUCCAAUUAUAAAGAAAAUGGAGCACAUUUCUUCCAUAGUGAAUGCUUUACUGCAUUUCAAAAAUAAAAAAAAAAAGGAAAAAAAUCUAAUAUAGCAAAAA